CAACCAAGCUCUAUCUCAAAACAAUCAACAAACGGCGAGGUUCUCAGAACGUCUCACGCUACCAAUUGUUAUCGAAUUAAUACUGUACAGAAUUGUAUUUCUCUAUCUCGUAGCAAUGCCUUCUGUAAGUGAUGCGGAUCAGCUGGACCGCAACAGAUCUGUGGCAAAAGACCUGCUUCAACGGAAAGAUGAAAUGGAAGCAGAACUGAAGGGUUUGCAUGAGGCAUUGAGAGCACACGGUGUUGGUAUGUCAGAAUCUCUAGUGGACAACGAAGGAUUUCCGCGUGUUGAUUUGGAAAUACAUCAGAUCCGAAUUCUGCGCAAUGCAAUCGCGCGAUCAACAACGGAUAUAAAGCAAAUAAUGUCAGAUCUAGAAAAAGCGAUUCACGACUUGCACAGUGAAGCCAAAAUAACAUCCGCCAUCAACACACAGGAUGGAGCUGGGCGUACAUUACGUGCCACUGCAGAUAACAAUACCCAUAUUACCUCACAAACGGAAGUGACUGUAUCUGACAUGAGUGCGCUCGAGCCGUUUCUAUCAGUAACAAGUGUGGCCGAGUCGUCCCCUGCUGACGCAGCUGGUUUGAUGAAAGGUGAUGAGAUACUCAAGAUGGGAUCUGCUAAUGCACAGAACUUCCGGAGUCUACAGGAUAUCUCCGAUCUGAUAAACAACAGGGAGAAUAGAGGCGUGGAUAUUGCUGUUCUGCGAAAUGACGAGCGUCUGCAACUAUAUCUCACGCCGAAAAAAUGGAGCGGUCGCGGUCUCCUGGGUUGCCACAUUGUCCCAAAGUCUUUGUAGCGCUUAGAGAUCCGUGCAAACAACAGAGGGAAGAAUUCACAAUCGAUCGUUCCCUCGUCCUUAAAUAUGUUGGGUGCUUGCUACAGCAGGCUCUAGACCAAUCAAAAGCCGCCGAUUAUAUGAGAAUGUUUGUUUAAAGGGUUCAACCAAUCGCUCGGAACAUAAUCAACCUACCUAUCACAAUUAACAUCUCGUGCUGUAUAGAGGGAUGAAGCAUGCAAUUAAUCUGGCGAUUAAGGUUUUGUACCGGAGUCUUGAUGAACAGUCGGGAGUCGCUUUUAAUAUGAUGUGAUCACCUUUUUAUUUCCAUACAAGCAAGCGAGUACAACACGCCAGGUGUUUGAAGCAUAUGAACGACGCCAACACACUUGACCGCAUUUUUCUUUUGUUUCUGAUCUGUGUGCAGAACAACAAAGAUUCUAUUAUUUUCUAUCUAGUCCGCAGUUGUGUUUUACAUAAGAUUGCAACGAGUGGAAGUAUCCAGAGUGCGACAUGCUGCUCACGGUAUAGAUUCGCGAUAUGUCAGAUUGCGCUGGACGACUUGCUUUUUGAUCAAAAUGAGCACCAGGGUCUGUGCCUCAGAAUUCACAGCUUGGUUUGGGUGCAUGAGUUGGUUUCCCUCACUGCGUUCUUGUAUAUCUGCGAGUAUAGGGCUUCCACAUACGGACAUCGCAUAUAUAUAAAGGUAUCCUGGUCUCUCUUGAAGGCGUAAGGAGGAUAUUAAAAUACAGUUAGCUCUAUUACUCGGAUAAAAAGUUUUUAAACUC